AGUUCACUUGAAAGUGAAGUAAGUGAAGCAAAUGAAAACUCCAGUGAAAGCAAAGCAAAUCAGAACUUCUGUGAAAGCAAAGCAAAUCAGCAUCCCUAUGAAAGUGAAGCAAAUCACAACCCAAGUGAAAGCGAUGCAAAUCUGAAUCCUGUGAAGUGA